AUGAUGAUGCAAAACAGAGGUGAGCCUCAAGCCUACACCCUCUUCCCUGCCACCAAGCCGACCUUUUUUCCAAGUCAGUCUGCAUUUGCCUGUCCUACUCUUCCCUUGACAUGUGCCGGCACAGGAACCGGUGCUGGUGCCGUUAUUACGAACAACAGAAUACAAUCCAACAACAACAAUAUUAAUGGAAACAGACACAGCAUUACCAACAGAAACAGAAACAGAAACAGUGGAAGCAGCAUUAGCAGCAUUAGCAGCAUUAAUAGUCUCAGCAGCCUCAACAGCCUCAACAGCAUUAGCAUGAAUGGCACCAUUGGCAGAAACAUCAACAAUAACGUCUCAACCACCACUGCGACUGCGACUGCGACUGCAACUACGACUACAACUACAACUACAACUAUGACCACCAGUAUAAUAUUAUUGUUGUUGACAGUAACCGUCGUCAUUUGCACCAACCGCCGCCACUCCAGUCUCUGUCCAAAUCACAUCCACCAGUACAUGAGCAAGCACAAGCACAAGCACAACCUGGAAUUGGAAGAAUUAAAAGACAAAAAGGAAGAGGCCAAAAAGGAAGAUUAUGAACAACAAAGAAAGCCGAAUUCGUAUGCACCCUGUCUUCCGCCUGCUAUUGUUCAUGUGAGUAAUGACACUGUGGACACUAUGAUUCCAUCCUUGGCUGAGUUUGCUGCGUCGAUGGUCUACCUCAUGUGGCAUGCUCGUCAACCAUUGCGUCAUGGGAUCAGUAGUCGAUCUGCAGCCAGUGCCAAUCCCGCCUUCAAACGGUUCGUGCUGCAGGUAUUGACGGCCACUCGCUUGACCGAGUCUGUGGUGUACUUGGCGAUGAAGUUCAUUGCUAUCUUGCUCUAUUCGAACCCUACGAUUGAGGGAGACGAAGGAUCGGAGUACCGACUGUUGAUUGUGGCCCUGAUGCUGUCGAACAAGUUUCUGGAUGACAUAACGUUUACGAACAAGACGUGGGCUGAAGUGAGUGGGAUGAAGCUCCAGGAUCUCAAUGUGAUGGAGGCCGAGUUUCUUGAUGCGCUGGACUACAAUAUCUUUGUGCGCGACACAGAGUACAAUCACUGGAAGACAGUGCUGGACCGAUGCCGGGAACGUGCCAGGAUGACGUGUUUCGAGAGUUCGCCCGAGAGAGAGGAGUUCAUUCGUGUGACCCUUGUCAGCCUGGGACUCAAGGAAGAUGCCCGGAAGCAGGAGGAGCGUUAUCGACGGGAACAGCAAGAGGAGAGACAGAAGCGGGAGUCGCAGCUUCAGAAGGAGCGACUUGCGUGGGAGGUUCUGCAGCAGUCGAAUUAUCACCGACGUGAUUAUGGUUCAAACACGAUGAAUCUCCAUUUCAGCCCUCUGAACAGCAGCCACAACAGACAUCAUCGCAUUCAGAAGCAGACACACCUGCCAUCGCCCUCGCGCUUUGUCACACCUCCGCCACCCAUCAGUCGUCACUCGCUGCCCAAGGUUCCGAUCCAUCAUCAUCAUCAUCAUCAUCAUCAAGAAGAAGGAGAACAAGUGAAUAACAAUGAUGGGACUUAUUAUUUUAGACGCUGUCAGGAGUUCAAUCCUAUCCGAGCCAAUCGAUUUCACUCUCAACCGUUUGCUGCCACAUGGGAUCCCUUUAACACCGAACAGGAUCUCUUUUCGUCUCAUCCUCUUGUCCAACCCCAGAACGUCAACACCUUUUUGUCUUGGCGCAACUACAAUUAA